AUGACAGGAGAGAAUGAUGAACAAGCAUCAAGCUCGUUGGACGUCCUUUCUAAAGGCAAUGUAUGGAUCAAAGAUCUUCCCACGAAUAGUGUUGAACCGAUUGAGGAAUCAUUCGGGGCACGAAAGAUGACAAGAAACGUAGGUGUCUUUAUUUAUUUAUUCUUUCAUUUUUGCACUACUUGAAGACUGUCAGGCAAAUCAAUAGAUAGUUAAACGGACUGAUUGACAAUGUUUCGCCCAGUUUUUAACGUUGAGGACUUUGUUCUUCUCCAUCAUUUUUUUCUCAAUUUUGAGAAGAACCAAGCGCGCGCAAAUGCCCUUCGACUAUGACGCACCAAUUGCGUUUCCUUUUGAUCAACGUCAUUAAAGGAAAACCUUGAAAAGUUUUUCCCAUCUAUUCCAAAUGAACAGAAAAAGGCUGAAAGUUAGUUGGUAAUUAUUUUGUUAUGAAGAGAGUUUAAAUAUUUUUUUAUUCCAUCAUUAUCUUUUUAUUCUGCUUUCAAAAGUCCAAUUGCCUCAAAUCACAGCGGCGGUGGAAUUUAAAACCCUUGUUUCAUCUUUUUUCAUUCCAAUUCAUAAGCAAAAGAACAAGUGACAUUUAAUUCGGCUGAUUUUCCAACACACCUAAUUAUCUACAUCCUGAUCUGUUUCGUUCCUCGAAACCCCAAAUUAGAUUUAUCGAGUAUUAAGCGCCUUUGCGGAGUUCUUAUGGUCGGCGCACUUUAAAUGGUCCUGGCUCGAUACAUGUUCUCAACGAAAACAAUAAAAAUAAUCACGGGACGAUAAAUACUGGGAGUGACUCUGUUAGAAGGCAGAAAUCAGUAAUUCGUGUGAAGUAAGGCUUUGUGCUCGAUGGCUACUUACUUUGGUUUAACAUUCAGUCCAAAACAAAAUGCGUUUUACAUAAACGUCAAAGUUACCCAAUUUUCUUGUUCAAGGGUAAGAAGGAGAGAGAAUUGGAGGAAAAGAUGGCAGUCCUUGAACAACAAUUCCUAGGUAAGAUUUUUUUUUUCAAACUUUGAUCCAGGCUGGUAGUCAGUGCGGAUCAACGUAAGAGCGAGUGGGCGAAGAAAACCCUGGAAACGGCCGAGUUUGUUCGUCAUAUUUCUUAGUGCAAUCCUCGUCGUUUUUUUUGCACCCCCUUCCCGCCCCCUUACCUUUUCUCCUGUCUCCAUUGACUUAGAACUUAUCAAAAGUAAUUGCUCUCUGCAAAGAGAAGAUAUCUUUUUUACAAAUUCACAAGGAAAGAAAGUCGGGGGAAGGAGUAUAGUUAUCAAAUAUUCGAAAGCUAUGUCACAUCCCGGCCCAAACGCAUCAAGGUAUUCGUGAAUGAUGUACUGGUAAUAUUUUUAUAACUGAUCUGUCUAAAUAAGAUUAAAAAUUUAGCCUGGCCGAUAAGAGACUUUCAAAGCUGCAACUUCGAAAGUUCGAAGGAGAUUAUGCAAAGGACGGAGAUACAAGAAAUGAAAAGAGAAAAUCCUUUGAAAGUAAAUAAAGGCUUAAAAACCUAGUCUGACCGACUACAUCAGUUGGGUGUCUGACAGGUCGCAUACGACUGAUUGACCUUCUGAGUUAUUGUAUAUAGCUGAUUGAAAGACACAUGGGUUGACUGUCAACCUGAUAGGCCUUCUCAUUGAUUAACUAUCCAACUAACGUACGAACAAAUAGAUGACUGACUGACUGGCUGACUGACUAACUGACUGGCUGGCUGAGUGGCUAACUAACUGACAGACUGGCUGAAUGACUCACUGACCGGCCGACUGACUCACUAACUGGUCAACGGACUGAAUAACUGACUGAAUGGCUGACCGGCUAAUUAACUGACCGACUGACUGACUGACUGACUGGCUGACUGACUGGCUGACUUACUGACUGGCUGACUAACCGACUUACCGAGUGACUUACUGACUGGCUGACUGACUGACCGACUGACCCACGAACUGACUGGCUGACUGACUGAUCGACCGACCAACUGAUUGACUGACUGAAUGACUGAAUGACUGACCGACAUACGGUUUGACUGACCAGCCGGAAAGGACCAUGCUAAUUGACAUUGACUCAUCCCCGAUUGGUAUGACAUGUGACACGUCACCGCUUAGUAACUUGAUUAUUGGCUCAUUGCUCAUAACUGACUAUCUAACUUUCUAAAGCUUAUUAGAGAAGCUCCAUAAAUUUGGUUGAUAUUAGACAAUGUAAGACCAUACUCUAAGAUUAACAACGAUUCGAUUAUCCACCACUACUGAGCUUAGCUUUUAAAAUUACUUUAGAGAGGGAGAAAGAACUCCUAAAAAAGAACUCUGUCUUGGAAAAUCAGCUGAAAGAAUCAAGUGAAAAAAUGAAUGAUCUACGCAUCCAGCAAGGAAAGGAAAACGAGUCUCUCCAGACUGAAAUUAAAGACUUGAGGGAGACUCUGUCAAUCAGAGAAAAGUGUCAUACAAAACAAAAAGAUAUUUUCAAAAAGAUGGCAGCUAAUUCCCAGAGUGAACUGGACAAAGCUCGGGCGGUCAUUUCUAAUCUCUCUGAAGGGAUGAAGGGUUGUGAAGGUAAGUCUAAUGUACAAAGUCAAUUUUGUAGAUUACCGCAGAUUAGCAAGAAAAACGUUACAAAGGAUCAAACAAUAA